UCACCACGAAAACAUGGCGACAUUCGUGUUGCUGGUUGAAUUACACUGAUUUAGCAUUCUUUCAGUGUAUAUUUUUUGAUAAAAAUAACCUAACUUUUUCAUGAAUUUGAAUAUUUUAAUUGAUGGAAUAUUUAUAAAAGAAACGUAUAAAACAUGUUAUGAUAUCAACCAUCGGAAAUGUAAAAUUCAGAUAAAUGUGUAUGAAAAUUAAGGAUAAUGUAUUAUAGAAUAAUUUAUAGAAGUUGUACAUUGUCGGGAUUGAAGGGAUGGCAAAGAGAUUUGAAGCUGGUGAAUUUAGCUAGCAGUUCCUUAUUAUCAAAAGCACCAUGGAGAAAUUGCUAUACUACAAGUAGUGCGAAAAAUGUAGAAGAGAAACCAAAGAAAACUAUAGCUGUAAGACUUGUUAACGGAGCACCAAAAUGUGUACAGCCUUAUAUGAGUCUGAUGAGAAUGGAUAAACCAAUAGGCUCGUGGCUGCUCUUUUGGCCAUGUAGUUGGAGUAUUGCAUCUGCAGCAGCCCCAGGCACACUACCAGGUCUUUACAUGUUAGGUCUAUUCGGCGUAGGAUCUUUUGUAAUGAGAGGAGCAGGAUGUACCAUAAAUGAUAUCUGGGACAGAGAUAUAGAUGCCAAAGUAGAAAGAACCAAAAAUAGACCACUAGUCAAUGGAGAUAUAUCCAUUAAACAAGCCCUGGCUUUUUUAGCAGGACAACUUAGUAUAGGACUGGCGAUUUUGCUACAACUGAACUGGCCUAGUGUCAUAUUGGGUGCAAGUUCCUUGGGAUUAGUUGUUGCUUAUCCUUUGAUGAAGAGGAUUACAUAUUGGCCGCAAGUUGUCCUAGGGUUUACAUUCAAUUGGGGUGCUCUUCUUGGAUACAGUGCUGUACAUGGUUAUGUCGAUCUACCUGUUUGCUUGCCCUUGUACUUAGCUGGUGUAUGCUGGACCAUCAUUUACGAUACAAUUUACGCUCAUCAAGAUAGAAUAGACGAUUUGAGGUUAGGAUUGAAAUCAACGGCUAUCAAAUUCGAAAGCGAUUCAAGAAUUUGGUUGAGUGGUUUUGCUGUCACAAUGAUAUCUUGCUUAAUCUGUUCCGGUGCGAUGAAUCAUCAAACUUUCCCGUACUAUGUCAGUUUAGGCAUGAUCGCCGCCCAUCUUGCCAAUCAGAUCAGAACUCUGGAUAUCAAUAAUGCAAACGACUGUCUCUUUAAGUUUAUAUCGAAUAGUCGAAUUGGUUUGAUACUCUUCUUCGGCAUUACCCUGGGGACAUUAUUGAAAGAAUCUGAGGAAAAUGUGGAACAGAGGUCAAAGAAUGUUUUCGUCGCCUAGACGAAUUAGUUGUGAUAUUUAUACAAGUUUGUGAAUGCUUAUGAAAUAUAUAUGUACAUAAAUUCUUAUGUUUUUACCGUUUU